AUGAAUAACCAGAACAAACUUAAAAUUUCCCAAAUACCUCCGCAAGUUGGCUGUUAUCUUUUUCAAGACCGAAAAAAAAGAGUAAUUUACGUUGGUAAAGCGAAAAAUCUACGCCAAAGAAUUGUCCGUCAUCUCCAGGAAAGCCAAAAAUAUUUAGGCUUGAUUGCUGACUGGGAAAUAAUUUUAACUAAUAAUGUCAAGGAAGCUCUUAUUUUAGAACAAAAUUUAAUUAAAAAACACCAACCCCUAAAAAAUUUUAAUCCUAACAAAAAAGAUCUUUAUUUUGGACCUUUUCCGGAUGGCACCAAAGCUGCGGAAAUUUUGCAAAUUCUCGAAAAAGUAUUUCCUUUAGCCAAAUGCAAAGGUAAUUUAGGCAAGCCAUGUUUAGACUAUUUGUUAGGACAAUGUUCAGGGCAUUGUUUUAAAAAAGUUGAACCAGAAUAUUACCAAAAUACUAAACAAAAAAUUAUUGAUUUUUUUCAAGGAAAAACACAAAUUGUGAAAAAAGAACUCCAAAAAACUUUGCAAAAGAGCAUCCUCAAUCAAGAAUUUGAAUUAGCCAAAAAAGAAAAAAAAAUACUAGACAGCCUCAAUUUUUUUGUAAGCAAGCAAAAUAUAGAAUUUCCUCAUCAUGAAAAUUAUGAUUUUUUUGGUUUUUAUUCCGAAAACGGCUUGUUGGUUUGUUUUUUUUUACUCUACCGCUAUGGAAAGUUAAGUACUACCGAAGCCCAGAUUUUUCAAGUCCAAAAAGGCUUAAAUGAAAAAAAAGAAUUGUUACAGUCUUAUCUCUAUCAAUUUUAUCAAAAAAACCUCUCGCCACAAGUUUUAUAUUUGCCUGAAAAAUUAGAAAAUCAAGAAUUGUUGGUUGAGAAAUUUGGUUCAUCAAAAAAUGACAAAACUAGCCUUUUAGAAGAAUUAGGAAAUUACUUACAAGUUGACACUCCUUAUUUUUUGGAAGUCCUAGAUAUUUCUAAUUUGUUCCAACAAGAUGUUGUGGCUGGAUUUUUGGUUUACCUCAAUGGAGAAAAAGUUAAAAGUAAAUCAAAAAUUUAUCAACUAACUGCUUCGGAAAAAAAGAACGGCGGAAAACUCCAAGUCAAAGCAGUCUUGGCUGUUCGCCGAGAGUUAAACUUAAAUUUUGCGGUGGCUGGCUUAGCCAAAAACGAAAAGCACCAAACUGAAAAAAUUAUUACUAGUAAUUUUCAAGAAUUGCCUUUGCCAACCCACGAAGCACUUAAAAAUUUUCUUGUUAAUCUCCAAGUAGAAGUUCAUCAUUUUGUCAUUAAUUUUCAUCGUAAACUUCACCGUAAAAGUGUUUUGGAAUAUUAA